UAUUCAUAGCCUUGUGUCUCUGAGCUUCUCUUAAACACACGCUCUUCUCCCUGUGUCUCUGCACCUCCCUCAGCUCAAGUGCCACCUUUCAAAGUCUACUCUGCUUUUUAUUAAACAGAUGCUAGGAUGGUGUCUCCUGCUAUUGCUCUGGCCUUCCUUCCACUCCUGCUGACGCUGAUUAUCAGGUACCGUUACUUCUUUGUGCUGUUCUAUCGGGCAGUCCUCAUCAGGAUGUGGAAGGACUGCGUUACUGGUCUGAGCCGAGAGGAGCGUGCCUUUCAGUACGUCCUCACUCAUGCCACCCCCGGAGACCCUGACAGCAUCCUGGACACCUUUGAUGUCUGGUGCAGCAAGGUGGAGUUCAUCAGCAACAUUGGACCUAAAAAAGGGAAGAUCCUGGACCGGCUGCUGAUGGAGCACAGCCCUCUGACAGUGCUGGAGCUGGGUGCCCACUGUGGAUACAGCACUGUGCGGAUUGCCCGUUCUCUGCCUCUGGGCGCCAGGCUCUACAGCAUCGAGAUGGACCAGAGGAAUGCCGCUAUCGCUGAGAAAGUCAUCCGCCUGGCAGGGUUUGAUGAUGACACGGUGGAGCUCAUUGUCAAUCCAUCUGAUGAAGUGAUCCCUCAGCUGCGCUCUGACUACAAUUUGGAAAGACUGGAUUUUGUCUUCAUGGACCACUGGAAGAAAUGCUACCUCCCUGACCUGCAAAUGCUCGAGGGCUCUGGUCUGCUGGGAAAAGGAUCUAUUAUCCUGGCAGAUAAUGUGCUGUUUCCUGGUGCUCCAAAGUUCCUUAGAUAUAUUCGCAAGAGUGGCCUGUAUGAAUGGAGGAUCCACCGGGCCACGCUAGAGUAUAGUAAGGGCAUCAGGGAUGGGAUGGCUGAGCUGGUGUACCAGGGAAUCAAGUAGAUCAUGACAUCAUGAUAAGAUUUCAUAUUGUUACUCAAACACACACUUCAGAAACAGAAAUGUCCAAAUUCUUAGGGAAAGUUGUGAUGAUUCUCUUCUGUAUUACUUCAUCUAAAGGGGUAUCGUUUCAAUUUCUAGUCUGUGUAAUACAGCUCAACCUGUGAAGAAAUACAUUGCAAAAUAACUCACUAGUGCAUUCUGGGUAAAGGAGCUUGACCUAGUGCCCUACCGAUUUCACAAGAGAUCAGUUACUGCAACAUUUACCCACAAAAACAAAAAAAAGCUAAAUUAAAUCUUAAAACAAAAGGCUGACACUUUCUAUAUAUAGAAAUAUAAACAAUCUCCAGUUUAGGUGUCUUAUAAGCUCCAAUCACCUUUUAUUCUACUGGGACUUUGUUGUGACUUCUCAGCAUCUCAUGUCUUCUUUUUGUUUAAAGACUCAA